CUUGCAGCUUUUCCACUCUAUAUGUAUAUCCUUUAACUGUGAGCUUGAGUUGGAAAAGGAAUCUAUUCGUAAGAGUUGAGCUAAGAAAGGAUGAUGCAGAUGUUCGUAGACAACCUUUAGAGGCAAUGUAUCCAAGGGAACCUGGUUUAUCACUUCAGAAGUGGGCUCACACGCAAGUUGCUGUUGGUGCUUGGGUGGCCUGCUACCAUGAUGAAAUUAAAGUUUCUCUCCCUGCUGUUUGGACACCAUUGCAUCACCUUAUAUUCACUUUCUUCCAUGUUGAUCUUCAAAUGAAAUUAGAAGCUCCAAAACCGGUAGUAAUAGGUUAUGCAGCACUUCCAUUAUCCACCCAUGCACGGUAUGCAACUGUCUUUAUGUUUGUCAUCUUUUGUUUUGUUUCUUUCCUUGAUGAUUUAUUAACUUACAUUAUUUGUUCUGCUACUGGAGUGAUUGGUAUGGUAGUUCAUGGUUACUUUCCUGGUUUCUGUUGUGGGUACUUGGAUGAUAUCAAUGGUUCAAUCAGAAAUUUCUCUACCGAUUAUGAAAGAACUGGUUCCACAAUAUCCUCAAGAAAAUGGAAAGGAGAGGCUGGAUUAUUUGGAAGAUGGAAAAACUAUUUUUAAAUUGCGAUUAAGGCUUUGCUCAUCUUUUUACCCAAUUAAUGAGCGCAUAUGGGAUUUUUUUCUUGAAUACGAUAGACACACUCUUCAAACAAGUCCUCCAUGGGGUUCUGAACUUUUGGAGGUAUAUUGGCUAUGCUUGUUUCUGCAGUCUUUACAGUUGUCUUGGUUAAAUCCAUUAUUA